AUGGCUCCGAAGAGGAAGUAUCCAGCAGCAGCAGCAUCAGGCCACCGAGUGGGCAGACACCCCACUGAAGCUGCGGCGGAAGCGCCGUCCGAGGCACGCGUACAGCGACGUGUGACGCGCCAGACGCCUGUACUGCCACCCCUGCUGCCUCUGACGGCCGCCGCAGCAGCUCCCACCGCUCCUCCAGCUCCAUCAGCAUCCAUGCGAGCACGCUACACCAUCGUCAGCACCGCCGGCACCGCCGGCACCACGAGGACGCACAGCGCUCUCGACAGCAGCAGCAACAGCAGCAGCAGCACCAUCACCACCAUCACCACCACCACCACCACCACCCGCAGCGGCACCGCCAGCAGCAGCGCCGUCCGAGGCCGCGGACGCCCGCGCAAGAUCUCGUUGGACUCGCGACAUCCCGAGACGCCCGUGCCCCUCCCGCCGAUGGCGACCAAGGUCUCGUCCCCGAUGCUGCCGCGGCAGGCGACGGGGACGAACAUGAAGGAGAACAUCCGACCGUCCGACCUCGUGGCGCCCGAGAUCACCUACCACGUCCCCCAGCCUCACCUGCCCGGACGGGUGCAGUCGUCGCUCGUGCGACCUCAUGGCCCAUCCGCUCCGCCGCCGCCUCCGGCUCUCGACAGGCCACCCGUUCCCGUGGUGACGCCGGUGCCGCCGCCGAAGCCGCCGACGGUGCCCGGCUCGACGCGGGGUCCGCCGAGGGCAGACCGCAACAUCGAUAAGGUCGUGUUGGGGAACCUCUGCUUCCGAACUUGGUACCCGAGCUACUACGGCAAGGAAGUCCUCGGCGACACGUCGGCGAACCCCCGCUCGGGCGCGGGCGCGACCAAGGACGGCGACCGGGGCCACGGCGGCAAGUCAUCGUCGAAGAAGGAACGCGAACAGCAGCCGAUGCUCGAAAGGCUCUACGUCUGUCCCGUGUGCUUCAAGUACGCCAAGGAGCUCGUCGCGUGGAGGGGCCACGUCCGGCUGUGCGAGCGCGACGGACGGGUGCCGGGGAGGAAGAUUUACCUCCACCCCAAGGGCAAGCGGAAGAUUCUCGUCGCCAACGACGGAAAGGCGGCCGGUAUCAAACGGAGGCGCGGCGACGGGGGCGUCCGCUACGUCGAAGAAAUGGUGCAGGACGAGGGGGAAUGGAGCAUCUGGGAGGUCGACGGCGAACGAGAGGGGAACCUGUCGCUGUUCGCCAAGCUCUUCCUCGACAACAAGUCGGUCUUCUUCGACGUCACCGGCUUCAACUACUUCCUGCUCGUCUACACGCCACCGCCGGCGGCGGCCGACGGCACCGCUCCCUCGCGACGGCCGCCGCAGAUCACGGGCUUCUUUUCCAAGGAGAAGAUGUCGUGGGACAACAACAACCUCGCCUGCAUCCUCGUGUUUCCGCCCUGGCAGCGCAAGGGACUCGGCGCCCUGCUCAUGGGCGCAUCCUACGAGAUUUCGCGGCGCGAGGGCGUCUUGGGCGGACCGGAGAAGCCCAUAUCCGAUCUCGGCAAGAAAGGGUACAGGCGGUACUGGUCCGGAGAAAUCGCUCGCUGGCUGCUGAACGUGGACCUAGACCAGCAGCAGCAGCAGCAGCAGCAGGCGGGGGCGCGGGAGAUGUUGGUCGACGUGGUCGACGUCAGUCAAGGGACGUGGAUCUCGUUGGAGGACUGCCUCGCGGUCCUGCGCGAGAUGGGUAUCGUCCAAGACGCCGGCAUGGGACCGGGAAAGCCAGCCCGGGAGGGCUCCUUGGAGUAUCACGUCGGGCCCGGCGCCGAUGGCAACGCCGAGGCCGGACAGGCGGGAGAUGCAGACGCCGACAACACUAGCGAUGACUGCGGCAGCAAGAAUACCAAAAACGGCAACGGCAGCAGCUUUGGCAGCAGCUUCGGCGGCGGCAACGGCAGCAGCUACAAGGCAGAGGAGUCGCAAGUGCCGAUCGGGCAAGUACCUCGGGUGCGGCUCGACAAGGAAGCGGUGCGACGCUUCGUGGCCAUGCACCGCAUCAACCUGGAAAGGGUGUGCGAUCCCGACGGCUUCAUCGAAGGGGACGACGCGACGAGGCACCAGGAGGACGAUGCGAGGGAGGAGGGUGCAAGGACGGGCGCCGUCGAGGCAUACGGUUCCACGUAG